CAGGCUCUUGUUUACAGACCAUACAGUCUAUGUUACAGACUGAGGACUGUUUUUGUUUUUUAGGUACUUCCAACCAUGGACUCAAAAGUUCAUAUUGAAAUUGUCGGUUUAAUUAAAGACCGAAGUUUCCAUGUUGCCAAAAGUAUCGCAGAGGGACUAAAGCAGAAGUUUCCCGAGGCAUUUCUGGACCCAAAAAUUCGACCACUACUUGAAUUUGACUGGCACACAUAUCUGUGCAACAAGAAAAGGGAGCUGCGUGGUGAAGUGUGGCAGUAUUCCAGCAGUCUGAUGUGCUUUCUGAACGGCCUUCUCCUCGGCAGUGAGAAGGAUUUUGCCAGCUGGGCAAAGAAUCAGUGGGGUUUCACUUUUACUCGGCCGCAGGCUUUCUAUAUGGCUCUCACUGAGGACUACUACACCAAACACCUGCAGAAAAGUGGGCAUCAGUUUGUCUUCAUGGACAUUGAGAUAGCAGGAGAAGCCGCGGGGAGGCUGUUGUUCGAGCUGUUCUCAGAUGUUUGUCCAAAGACAUCAAAGAACUUUGAGGCUCUUUGCACGGGAGAGAAAGGACUGUCGCAGAGUGGCUUCCCACUCUGCUACAAGGGCUCUCUGUUUCAUCGGAUAGUGCCCAAUGGCUGGGUGCAAGGUGGAGACAUUUCUCCAGAGAGGAAAGGUAAUGGAGGAGAAUCAAUCUAUGGACCAACUUUUGAAGAUGAGAGUUUUGCUGUUUCCCACUCAAAGCGGGGCACUCUGGGAAUGGCCAACAAGGGACCUCACAGCAACGGAUCCCAGUUUUACAUCACCCUGCAGCCAACACUCUGGAUGGACAGGACCUACGUCGCCUUUGGACAAGUUGUUGAAGGCGUCAACGUCCUCAAGAGAUUGGAAGAAGCUCAGACUUGCAAUGAGAGACCAAAGUACGAAUGUAAAGUCACAGACUGUGGAGUAUUAAAGCUAUAGCUCUUAAACAUUCAUUAAAGAUGCCUUUUUCAAUG